AUGGCCUGCGCAAGAGCGAUACGGCCAAGCUCCUUGAGACUAGGCUGUGGUCAACGAAGAUGGCAGUCCUCAUAUUCGCACCUUGAGGCAGGCAUGACGGCGAGGAAGAUUCGGCCAGUCUUCGAUGACUUGACGUCCCAGAACUCGUUCAGACUCAAUGUCUCGCUGGCCGACUUCUUGCCAAACGCAAGCGCUCCACUCNNCACACCCCCAGCACCAAACCAGCCCCUACCGAUGCCAAUUCCUCACCAUCUACUAUACUUCGAACCCACAAAACCUCCUUCAGACUUGCUUCCCGAUGGUACCAAUCCAGAUCAUUCGCCUGGCGACCCCUUUGUCCGCCGCAUGUGGGCUGGUGGCAGUGUCUUGUUCGACACAAAGAAGCCUUUGCUUAUGGACAAUAGUCGUGCAGUAUGCCUCGAAAGUAUUCGCGACGUUGCUGUCAAAGGCAAGCCUGGGGACGAGAAAGUCUUUGUCGGCAUCGAACGCCGCAUUGCCGCUUUGAACAAAGACGAGGAGAAGGCUAUGGCAGAUGCCAACGGCCAACUAGACAAAAUACUUGAGUUAGAAGAAACUAUCAGGCAGAGGUUGUGGAUGCCAUCAGACAUCGAGUUUGGACCUGCAAACAUCAUUGAACGCCGCAAUAUUGUCUUUAUGCGCGAGAGAACCUCAGAACAAGCAAAAGAGGCGGUUGCUGCUGCCAANAAGCCUGGCAAGAUGUUGAAACCCCAACACCAACCUGACUUCCACCAUAGUCUCCGCCCAGAUGCUCAAUUACUUUUCCGAUACAGCGCAUUGACAUUCAAUGCUCACUCCAUCCACCUGGAUCCACAGUAUUGUCAGAACGUCGAAGGCCACAAACACUUACUGGUCCAUGGCCCUCUUUCGUUUACACUCAUGUUGACAAUUCUACAACAACAGCUGGCNAAAGAGGGAGGUCACGAGCACAUCAAGUCAGUCGAAUACAGGAACCUAGCACCGCUCUAUGCCUACGAUCCGCUGAAGAUCUGCGGAAGGAAAGCUGAUGACCUGAAGUAUGAAGUUUGGGCCGAGACCCCAGAAGGGGGCAUCGCUGUGAAAGGUACCGUCAAGACAGAAAAGUAUAAUCACCCAACGUCAUUGCUGUAUACCUUGUCUGUAUACUUUUGA